GUCUCUGCAGUUCCACACGACUCGUCCUCCCGUCCAGUCCUCACCGUCUGAGAAGCUUUCAGCUUUUUCACCUUCCAGAGAUGUUCCGUUUAGCCAGCAUCAUGAAGCAGGUGAGGCCCGUGAGCCGGGCUCUGGCUCCUCACCUCACACGGGCCUACGCCAAGGACGUGAAGUUUGGCGCCGACGCUCGAGCCCUCAUGCUGCAGGGGGUGGACCUGUUGGCCGAUGCUGUGGCUGUCACGAUGGGCCCGAAGGGUCGCACGGUGAUCAUCGAGCAGAGCUGGGGCAGCCCCAAGGUCACGAAGGACGGCGUAACUGUGGCCAAGAGCAUCGACCUGAAGGACCGGUACAAGAACAUCGGAGCCAAGCUGGUGCAGGACGUGGCCAACAACACCAACGAGGAGGCCGGUGACGGCACCACCACCGCCACAGUUCUGGCUCGCGCCAUCGCCAAGGAGGGCUUUGAUAACAUCAGCAAAGGUGCCAACCCCGUGGAGAUACGCCGCGGCGUCAUGAUGGCUGUGGAAACAGUCAUCGAUGAGCUGAAGAAGCUCUCCAAGCCCGUCACCACCCCCGAGGAGAUCGCACAGGUUGCUACAAUCUCAGCCAAUGGAGACGUAGAGAUCGGCAACAUCAUUUCCAACGCGAUGAAGAAAGUUGGCCGCAAAGGAGUCAUCACAGUCAAGGAUGGGAAGACGCUGCAGGACGAGCUGGAGCUCAUCGAAGGCAUGAAGUUCGACCGCGGUUACAUCUCGCCGUACUUCAUCAACGCCGCUAAAGGUCAGAAGUGUGAGUUCCAGGAUGCGUACCUGCUGCUCAGCGAGAAGAAGAUCUCCAGUGUUCAGAGCAUCGUGCCGGCCCUGGAGAUCGCCAACCAGCACCGCAAACCGCUGGUCAUUGUAGCAGAGGAUGUGGACGGAGAAGCUCUGAGCACGCUGGUGCUCAACAGGUUGAAGGUCGGGCUUCAGGUGGUCGCGGUCAAAGCUCCAGGCUUCGGUGACAACAGGAAGAACCAGCUGAAGGACAUGGCCAUCGCCACCGGGGGCACGGUGUUUGGGGACGAAGCUCUGGGUCUGGCUCUCGAGGACAUUCAGGCCCACGACUUUGGCAAAGUUGGCGAGGUGCAGAUCACCAAAGAUGACACCCUGCUGCUGAAGGGCGGUGGCAACCCAGCCGACGUGGAGAAACGAGCCGCGGAGAUCGCCGAGCAGCUGGAGAACACCACCAGCGACUACGAGAAGGAGAAGCUCAACGAGAGGCUGGCCAAGCUGUCGGACGGCGUGGCCGUGCUCAAGGUGGGAGGAACGAGCGACGUCGAGGUGAACGAGAAGAAGGACCGUGUGACGGACGCCCUGAACGCCACGCGAGCAGCUGUGGAGGAGGGCAUCGUGCUCGGUGGGGGCUGUGCUCUGCUGCGCUGCAUCCCCUCGCUCGACAACAUCAAAACCGCCAACAGCGACCAGAAAAUAGGUGUGGACAUCAUCAGGCGGGCGCUCCGUAUUCCCGCCAUGACCAUCGCCAAGAACGCCGGCGUGGAGGGUUCUCUGGUGGUGGAGAAGAUCCUGCAGGGGCCGUCUGAGAUGGGCUACGACGCCAUGCAGGGGGAGUUCGUCGACAUGGUGGAGAAGGGCAUCAUCGACCCCACCAAGGUGGUGAGGACGGCGCUCUUGGAUGCUGCAGGAGUCGCGUCUUUGCUGUCCACUGCCGAGGCCGUGGUCACGGAGCUGCCCAAGGAGGAGAAGGAGAUGCCAGGAGGGAUGGGAGGCAUGGGGGGGAUGGGAGGAAUGGGAGGCGGCAUGGGUUUCUGAGCCCGUCCUCCUGACUGUACAGACUGAGUCAUGAGAUCGGAGCGGGGACGCCUCCCUCUACAAUUGACCAUAAAUUACAUUUGAUCCAAACGGCUCGAAGGAGAAGAGCGAGCCGGACCGGAACGUCAGAAUCCAAACACUCAUCAUGCCAGAGGGGCGGGGUUCGCCUGAAGGAGGUCCGGUUUGUUUCAGCCCGGUGCGUUCGUGAUGAUACGAGCUGCGUGCGUCUGUAAACAUAAAUCUGCAGAGAGAACGUACCCGGCUGAAAGAAACCGAAGCGUUCCUUUAGUGGACCAGAGAGCCUUCAGUGUCCGUCUUUGUUUCUAGUUUUCUGUUAAUUCUUUUUUAAUAUUUGUGUUUGUCGGCAGUGAUUUGAAUUAAACCUGUUUUCUUACA